UUAAAGGGAAAAAGCGCCCACACCGCAGGCUUUUCAAGAAUCCUCUUAAUAUGGCUAAGAAAAACUCUUUGCAAUUCCAUCAGCUAAUAUCCUUGUUCACUUUUGCUGUUGGGGUAAACAUCUGCAUUGGAUUUACAGCCAAUCGGUUUCGGCGUUCUGGGGUUGGCGAAGACACCUUGUUCUCAGUCUUAUCAGAUUCCCCCUUGGUCAGUUCUGCCGGAUCCUGCAGAAACAGAUGCUUUGAACUUCAAGAGGCUGAGCCUCCAGGAUGCCGUUGUGACAACUUGUGCAAGAGCUACACCAGUUGUUGUGCUGACUUUGAUGAACUAUGUUUAAAGACAGCUGGAGGCUGGGAGUGUACGAAAGAGCGCUGUGGAGAGGCAAGGAAUGAAGAUUAUGCUUGCCAGUGCUCUGAAGACUGCCUGGCCAGAGGAGACUGCUGUACAAACUUCCAAGUUGUUUGCAAAGGAGACACUCACUGGGUACAGGAUGAUUGUGAGGAAAUACGGGCUCCAGAUUGCCCAGCAGGUUUUUUCCGCCCUCCCUUGAUCAUCUUCUCUGUCGAUGGCUUCCGAGCAUCCUAUAUGAAGAAAGGUGAUAAAGUGAUGCGCAACAUUGAAAAACUAAGAUCCUGUGGAACUCAUGCUCCGUAUAUGAGACCUGUCUAUCCUACAAAAACCUUCCCUAACUUGUAUACUAUGGCAACGGGACUCUAUCCUGAAUCUCAUGGGAUCAUUGGCAAUUCAAUGUAUGACCCUGUAUUUGAUGCAACCUUUAGUCUCCGGGGCCGAGAGAAAUUCAGCCACAGAUGGUGGGGAGGACAACCAUUAUGGAUUACUGCUGCCAAGCAAGGGGUAAAAGCCGGUACAUUCUUUUGGUCUACUAUGAUUCCUCAUGAGCGCAGAAUAUUAACUAUACUGCAGUGGCUAACCCUUCCAGAGAAUGAAAGGCCUUAUGCAUAUGCUUUCUACUCUGAACAACCAGAUAUCGCUGGCCACAGAUAUGGUCCUUUUAACUCGGAGGAGAGUAAUUUUGGCUCCCCUCUUACUCCUCCGUCUAAAAGACCUAAGAGAAAGAUCACUCCUAAGAGGAGACAGAAAAGACGUGUUGAUCCUUCAAAGAAAAGAAGAAAAGUACACAGAGCGGAACAAUACUCUACGGAAUCCCGUCAGAACAAAAUGUCACAUCCGCUAAGAGACAUCGACAAGAUACUGGGCCAGCUGAUGGAUGGACUGAAGCAGCUGAACCUACAUCGAUGUGUCAACAUUAUCUUUGUGGGCGACCAUGGGAUGGAAGAUGCCACUUGUGAAAGGACUGAAUAUUUGAGCAAUUAUCAUCUUAACGUGGAUGACAUAUAUUUGGUACCCGGAACUCUAGGGCGCAUUCGUGCCAAAGCUAAUAGUAACGUCAGGUAUGACCCAAAAGUUGUUGUCGCCAAUCUCACAUGCAAGAGACCAGACCAGCAUUUUAAGCCCUAUCUGAAGCAACAUCUUCCCAAGCGGUUGCAUUAUGCGAAUAACCGAAGAAUUGAGGAUGUUCACUUGUUAGUGGAAAGAAGAUGGCAUGUGGCCAAGAGGCCCGGAGAUGUCUUUAAGAAGAUAACAGGAAAGUGCCUUUUCCAGGGAGACCACGGAUAUGACAACAAGAUUAAUAGCAUGCAGACGGUCUUUGUAGGCUAUGGCCCUUCAUUUAAAUACAGGACAAAAGUCCCUCCGUUUGAAAAUAUAGAACUUUACAAUGUUAUGUGUGACCUUCUUGGAUUAAAGCCUGCCCCUAACAAUGGGACCCAUGGAAGUUUAAAUCAUCUACUUCGGAGCAAUACGUUUAAACCAACCAUGCCAGAUGAAGUUGCCAGGCCGCUCUAUCCCGUAGCUACAACGCCUUCAUCGGAUUAUGACCUGGGAUGUUCAUGUGACGACAAGAAUAAGUUGGACGAACUCAAUCGGCGUCUUCACGUCAAAGGGACAGAAGAUAAACACCUCCUUUAUGGCCGUCCAGCUGUUCUUUAUCGUACAAAAUACAGCAUCUUGCAUCACCAUGACUUUGAAAGUGGCUACAGCGAAACCUUCCUGAUGCCUCUUUGGACAUCUUAUACCAUUUCAAAACAGGCAGAAGUAUCUGGUGUCCCAGAGCAGCUGGUGAACUGCGUACGACCGGACUUGCGCAUUUCUCCGAUCAAUAGCCAGAGCUGUACAGCUUACAGAGUGGACAGGCAGAUGUCCUAUGGGUUCCUUUUUCCUCCCCAACUAAGUUCCUCAGCAGAAGCAAAAUAUGAUGCUUUUCUAAUAACAAACGUUGUCCCCAUGUAUCCUGCCUUCAAAAGGGUGUGGAAUUACUUUCAGAGGGUCUUGGUGAAGAGAUAUGCCACUGAGCGGAACGGAGUCAAUGUUAUAAGCGGACCAAUUUUUGAUUACGACUUCGAUGGUUUGUACGACACAACAGACAAAAUAAAACAGUAUGUGGAAGGCAGUUCAAUCCCAGUUCCAACCCAUUACUACAGCAUCAUAACAAGCUGUUUAGAUUUCAACCAGCCGGCUGACAAGUGUGAUGGACCCCUUUCUGUUCUGUCCUAUAUAAUCCCGCACCGUCCCGACAACGAUGAGAGCUGCCUUAGUUCUGAGGAAGAUUCUCGGUGGGUGGAAGAACUCUUGAAGAUGCACACAGCUCGAGUACGCGAUAUUGAGCUGGUGACCGGCAUGGACUUUUUCCGGAAGACCAACCGAAACUACUCCGAAAUGCUUUCUUUAAAGACAUAUCUGCAUACGUUCGAAAGCGAAAUCUAACUUCCUUUUUCAAAUUCGGCACAUCCCUUCAUCAAGUGGUGUAUAUUUUUAUAUUAUAUUUAUUAAUUUGAAACAGGACAUUAAAAUUAUUAGUGUGUUUUAAUCUCACAUCAAAUCUUAAACGUUUAUAAAGUCUUGUGUCAGUCGUCUUCUCUUUUGAUUCCUUUAACGGAGGGUGUGUCUU